AUGCGUGACUGGAGCACCAUGUCGCCCGCCAUUGACGGCUCGAGCCUGGUGGCCAAUGCAAUCAGCUUCCUGAACCGACCGUCGCUGCUGGACGACGUGUCGCCGGAACAGACGCCCGGCGCUGCGCUCGAGAGCAAAAGCAACGCCCUCCCGCCGUCGCCACCUUCGUCUGUCGACACCAAGAGCAACAGCAUGACUCCUCCGAUUGAUUGGGAGAUGUCCUCGUCGACGCCAGGGUCGGAGGCCAAUCCGUUCUUGCUGCCUGCGACGCCUUCGGUGUCGAGCCAUGCGUCGACACGCAUGCCAACGCCGAUGCUCAUCGCAGACUCGCUGGAGUGGGAGUCGCUCUCGUCGACUUUCGAUGCCUCUUUCAAUCCGUUUGCUCCCAGCGACUCGUACGCCUGCUCAUUUAUGGCGGACGAUACCAUCGGCGCCAACACCGGCGCAAACAUCGGCGCGAACAUAGGCGCGAACAUAGGCGCGAACAUCGGCAGCACCGUUGGCUUUGUCGAUGCCCAGCCCAUGGGCAUGCCGGUACCAUUCACUCAGAGCCAGUACGCUGUGGCAGUCACUGACGACUUUUGGUCGGCCAACUUCAACGCUGGACUUCACGUGGACGUCAAGCAGGAAUGCGCGUGGAGAAACACUGCACUGGACAUGGCUGGCAACGAUGUCAAGCCCGAGAUGGCCUUCAAUGCGGGCGGGGUUGCGUACUCUGGUUACUUUGAUGCCUGCACGUGUGGGCAGGAGCCGUGUUCGAAGGUGAACCCCUGGACGCCUCUGCACGAUCCGAACAUCUCGCUCGUCAACGCUGCCUACGCCGAUCAUUCGUUCGAUUUCGGCCCGUCCUUCAACGCUCCCACUAUGCCUACUCUCCCUCGCCAUGACGGUUCGAUGGUGGGGGAGAUGGGAUUUGCGCCUUCGAUUUCGGCCCCACGCGAGGGAGGUUUAGGUGCGAUUCUCGGUGGUCUUCCCGCUACGGCGCUGUAUACCACCAUGCCCAUGGCUCCACGCAAGGUCAAGUCCAAGCCUAAAAGCAAGCCCAGCAUGCGGGUCAAGUGCACCGAGGCUGGAUGCAGUAAGACGUUCUCGAGCAUUCAUAAUAUGAACGAGCAUCGACGCACGCAUGUCGUGCCGCGCGAACGCGCCUACGUCUGCCCAGAGUGCCGCAGCGACUACAUCCAUCGUCGCGACCAGCACCGCCACAUGCGCCAUAAACACGGUUACCCCCCCAAGUCCCGCACCCGCAAACAGGCCUCCCCCAAGGCCAAAGACAACUGA